GUUAAAUAUUUUAUAAAUUAGUGCAAGCAAGCAAUAUAGUAGAUAUAUAUCUAUAAAUAUUUUUUGAAUGUGUGUAUAUUUUAGACAUUAUUCUAUUUAAAUAUUUUCGUAUGUUACAGAUCAAUUUUGUAUAUAACGCCUGUGUGAGUAAAGAAAAGGGUUCAGAUGAAAGAACCCUAGGAAGGAAGCCUAGGAAAGGUAUCGGGCGUCGUUGGAGUAACAUUGCGAAUCAUCGUGGCGCUGAUCAUACAUACGUGGCUGACAACUCCACUGUCGAUUGGCUUUUACCGAACAACGGGGAAACUAAAUCCAAUCGUCGCCGAUUGUAUAAACGGUUCGUUGCGUUUCAUUUUCGCGAGUGUCGUUCGAAGUCGUCGGAUUAUUCGAAAUUCCGUCGUUUCUCUGCCGUUCGAGCCCGCCGGAAAUAAUUGAACGUUAAUUCACGUUUCGGGAUCGUCGCGUAAAAUAUCGUUCUUUUUUAAUAAUUAGCAUAUAACUGCGUCAAUUUCCACGUU